AUGGAGACGGGGGAAGCCGCCGCCGAGUCUCAGGGCGCCAUGGGGGAGCCGGUGGAACCGGAGGAGGAGGAGGAGGAAGGGGAGGCCGAGGCCGUGGGCCCCGAGACGGAGUCGGCGGCAGAGGCGCGGCGGCGGACGGAGCUGAUGGAGGAGUACCGGGCGCUGCUGGUCGAGCAAGAGCGGCUGCGCCAGGCCACGGCGCGCCAGCAGUUCCGGCUGCGGGAGCUGCUGCUGCAGCGCGGGAAGCGGUCGGACGAGCCGCCGCGGACCGAGCCCGACGCCGAGGAGCGCUACGCGCGCUGCCUGGCCGCCCUGCACGACCUGCGGGCGGCGGCGGCAGGCAGGAGGCGGCCGGGUGGGGAGCGGGCCGAGCUGGAGCGUCUGCAGGCCGCCGAGCAGCGCAAGGACGAGGAGAUCAGCCAGGUACGCCUAGAGAACAUCAAGCUGAAGCACAAGAUUGAGCAGCUGGAAGCAAGACUGAAGGCCCAGGAAGAGCUGGCUGAGGGGCUGCACCUCAUCGACUUCGAGCAGUUGAAGAUCGAGAACCAGACCUACAACGAGAAGGUGGAUGAGCGCAAUGAGGAGCUGCUGAAGCUCAGGAAGAAAGUCACCACCACAGUGCAAGUCUUGACACAGCUCAAAGAGAAGCUGCAGUUCGUGGAAGCUGAGAACCAGGAGAAGAAGGUCGAGCUGCUGGAGAUCGAGGCAGUGCUGGCGCAAAAGAGAGAUGUGCUGACCAAAACCAAGCAGGCCAGGGAUCGUUUACGGGCAGACAAUCAGAGGCUGCAGCAGAAGUGUGGCUUGCUGGGGAAUGAGGUGCUGCUGCAGGACUUUGAGAACAAGGUGGAUGCUGCUCAGGUGCUGAAUCAGCGGCUGGAGAACCUGAAACGGCACCAUGCUGGUCUCACCAUUGCCUGCAAGGGAAUCAAGAAAAAAAUUAAGGAAGCCAAAUCCUUUCCAUCACCAUGAAGAUACCAGAGGGAGACAAGAUCUUUAGAGACACCAAAACCGUGGGUGGGGUGGGCUAGAAAUAAAAGUACUGGGAAAAAUCAUUUUUUUUUUUUGUAUAGGCAAGGGGAUAAACUAAAUAUUUUACUGGAAAAUAAUCUCCUUUCUAUAGCAUGUUUACUACUAUUUAUUGUGCAGGAGACUGCCAUACAGUUG